AUGGCUCCACGAGAUUCUAGCACUAUUACGUCCCGUCGACGCCCCUCUUUCUCCCUCCGCACUCGGCCUCGAACUGCUACGACCUCAACCGCUCAUACAACCGGAUUGGAACAUGACGUGUGGCACGGGCUGUCUGUGGUGGAUUCGGGAGAUGAUGAUGACGGCCAGGUCGUGGAGGAUAUGAACCAUUUUCCAGAGCCUGUCCCUAGGUGCCGUGAAGCCAAGAGCUUCUCUAGCUUACGCCAUCCCGUGGACGGUCUGCGAGCUCUGGGUCGUCGCCUCUCGGUGACGCUCCGCAACAAGUCGUCCAGGCAUUCUGUUCAUCCUCAACCAGAAACCAUGAGAAAUUCCUGGUGCAAUGAAACUAGCAUUAAUCGUCGACCAUCCCUGGAAAGCAUCUCCGCGCUGCACGGUUUCUACGCCCAUGCUGGCGCCCCUGUUCCUGGAAAUGGCCUGGAGCCACCUGUUUUCUCGAAUGACAUUUAUGCGGGAGCGGCAGCUCGCGCUGCAGCUGCAGCUCAGAAUGAGCUGGCAAGAGCUCUGCGGGACAGUAUCAAGCUCUCGGAUGCGAGAUUGACUCAAGACUCGGAAAGUGGCAUUGGAAUCGAUCUACGCGAUCGCUCAGAGCUAUCUGACCCAGCCCUGGCUAUAGUACGGAUUGAUCCUGUUGGCUGCCUUCCUCCUGAGGUCAUGUCACAAGUGUUCUCCUACCUCGAUCCCGAGUCCCUUAUGCAGUCUGAGCUGGUUUCUCGUGCUUGGAGUGAGCAGGCAUCCUCCCGGCACAUCUGGCGGCACGUGUUCCGCCAUACUUACGGACAACACCCUAGCGGGCUCCCUUUCAAGAAGAGACAAUCUGCUGGUUUGGGUAAGACUCAUCCCAAGCAGGAUUGGAAGCGGAUGUUCCUGGUUCGCCGUGCUUUGGAACAUCGGUGGAAGGAAGGAAAGGCUGCUGCUAUCUACCUUCAUGGCCACAAGGACAGUGUCUACUGUGCGCAAUUUGAUGAGGACAAAAUCAUCACUGGCUCUCGCGAUCGAACCAUUCGUGUAUGGGACGCUCAUUACCCUUGGCCAUGCCGAAAGAUCAUUGGCCCUCCCCCGGGCGAUGUAUCCGACUAUCACAGUGCUUCCAUUCUCUGCCUCCAGUUUGACGAAGAAAUCAUGGUCACCGGUUCGUCUGAUUUUACCUGCAUUGUGUGGGAUAUCAAGAACGACUACAAGCCGAUUCGUCGCCUUGUGGGCCAUCAGGCAGGAGUGCUGGAUGUCUGCUUUGAUGACCGUUACAUUGUGUCCUGCUCCAAAGACACUACAAUCUGUGUGUGGGAUCGGCACACAGGGGCCUUGGUGAAGAAACUCCUUGGCCACAGAGGUCCAGUGAACGCUGUUCAGCUGCGGGGAGAUCUUGUCGUUUCUGCAAGCGGGGACGGUGUCGCCAAGCUCUGGAACAUCACUUCUGGCCUUUGUGUGAAGGAGUUUCCCAGCAAGGACCGUGGGCUGGCAUGUGUCGAAUUCAGCGAUGAUGCUCGAACCAUUCUCACUGGCGGCAACGAUCAAGUGAUCUAUCAGUUUGACGCCAAUACUGGCGACAUGGUCAAUGAGCUCAAGGGCCACGCGGGCUUGGUUCGCUCCUUGCACCUCGACAGUAUGAAUCAAAGAAUCGUCAGUGGUAGUUAUGACAUGAGUGUCAAAGUAUUCGAUGCUCAAAGUGGCGAGCUAUCCAUUGACCUUCCGGGCUGGACAACGAGCUGGAUGCUCAGCGUCAAGUCCGAUUAUCGGCGCAUUGUGGCUACCAGCCAAGACUCUCGCGCUGUCAUAAUGGAUUUUGGAUACGGACUAGAUGGCAUAGACUUGCUGAAAGAGUAA